AUGCCUUGUUAUGCAGUAAAAAUUGUCGAGAUUAUCAGUAAAAGUAAGGUUAUUAUAGAUAUUACCUUUGAAAAUAGUGAUAAAGAUCAACACAUAAUUCAGCUUGAUGAUAUAAUUGGAUAUGCUGAUAAGCAAACAAAAAAAAAAAGAAGUAACUAUUUUGAAAUAUGUCUUAAAAAUUGGCAAAAACCUUAUAUUGUUCUAUGUGGAGCAAAAUUCAAGGCUAUGGAUAAAGAAUCAACAAAUAUUUCUAAGAAUGCUUUUAAGAUUGAAAAAUAUAUCUCAGUAGAGACUGAGAAUGUCAAGUUAAGCAAGGUUAAGUUAACAAGACAAAUUGACCGGAGACUGCCCUUGAUUUUUGUAAUUAAUAUUGCAGAAAUUAGUAUUAUUGACAAAGAAAUAUAUCUUGAAAAUAAAGACAUUCCAGAAGAAAUUAAUUUUUCUUUGGAGAAUGCAAAUAUAAAACAAAGGUAA